AGGAGGCAGGUAACGAAAUGGAUGGAGCGGAAGGGCGCGAUCGUCGAGAAACGGACACCUGCUGCACUGAGGUGUCCUUCGACCGUCGAAAAACCAUCGGUCGCAAGCGAAAGAUCGAGGGAAGCCUUCUCUCGGCCAACUUUUUAAACGUACCCUCUCGCUAAAAUUCUUGUAAAAUGCAGCCGCGAAACUGAUCCGUAGAUAGUACGUUUAUCUUCGUUAAAUUCUUCAGUCUUUGAACGUUGUUCUUAGUGGUUCUUUCAGAAGAGGAAAAAAAUUGCACGGGGGUCGAUAACAAGUUUGCCGAUGAAGAAGCUCGACGACAGACGACCGCGCGAAAGUUUGGUAGUCCCAUGGGCCUAGCCCACGGCGGUAAGAACCACCUGCCGCAUAGGUCGGUGGGGGCAAGCUAUUCUCGCGCGUUUUAUCUUUUCUAACCACUAUCCUUUCUCUCCCCCUCAACGGUUUUACCCUCUUCUACCUCGUCUUCAUCAUACCAUACCCUACGCGUUUCCUUUCUUUUUUUUUCUCCCCGUUCUUCCCUCUCUCUCUCUCUCUCACUCUUUCUCACUCUCCUUCUUUCUUUCUUCAACGCUGCUACUUUUCUCCAUCCUUGUCAAACGCGUUCGUUCGUCGCUCGUCGUUCGUCUUCCGUCCAGUCGCUGCCACCAUCGCUACCAUCGCCAGCAUCAUCGUCACCACCACCAUUACCAUCAUUGCCACCGCGCCGACACCAUUGUCGUAUACGUACAUACAUAUACAUAUGAAAGAACGACGGCCGUGCAUCGUAGUUCGUAGCCGACCGGUUGUACGUUGCGCGCUGCGCUACGCGCGCACCAAACUGUAGUGGGAGACGCGGCGUACGGGGAGAAGACGACCGGUGGGGGGUAGCGCCGAUGGUACGCGACCCCAAGCUCAGUCGUCGCGCGACCCUCGUUCAGUGUGUUUGUGUUAACGUUCAUCGCUAUUGGAAUUUUUUAAUGUUGUCCCUUUGGAUACAUUACCAGUGUAGUGUUCUUACUCCAAGUAUCGUAACAUCCAAGACUGAACGAUAUUCUUUUCCUUUAUGUUGUACAAGUUCUACAUUCUCUUCGUCGUAAACUUUCCCUAUCUUGACAUAUUUUUCGAUUUAUUUUCGUCCGGUUUCCCUCCUUUUCUCGUCCCUCGCUAUUUUUGCAUCGACCGACCGUCUCGCGAAAACGACCAGGGAAAGUGCGAAACAGAAGAACAAAGUACACAGGCAGAGGAUCGAGUAUCCCAGAUUGGAGCGGUUGAACGGAGAUACCGAGGCGAUACCGAAGUCAGUGCGCGAAAAACCUGCAUGCAAUACCUGCGAGUCUCACCGGCGGAACAAAGGAAUGCCUUAAGGCCGGACGGUUGCAACGUGGCGUUUUGAAAUCGCGCGCAAACCUUCCUAUUUCGUCUGUUUCGCGAACAGACGGAUGCUCGCGAUGGGAAUCACCGUGCGAGCCUCGCCGUUCUUGGCGAACCUGCUGCAACGAUCGUGCCACUGUUGAGAAAUACAGCCUCGACUAAGAAACCGCCGUGCGUUCAAGCGUCGGAGAUACGAGACGAUGGGAGGAUACUCGCUUGAGUCAGUGGAUCGUGAAACAAUUCGCGUGGAUCUACUGUCCAGGUAGUCGUAGCUCGUUUGGAAACAUCGAUCGCACACGAAGAGGUCGCGAUCGUCUGGGAAGAAUCGCGACCGAUGAAGCUUGUCGUCGUUUUUGUUUUAACGAUUUCGACGAAGGGCGAGAGAAACAGUGCGGAAAGGAAGUGCAAGAGUGAAACGAGUGAUCGAAUAGAACAAACAUCGAGUUAUGCGUGCAGUGGGUUGUUUGAUGGUUGUUUGACCAACGCGAUCGAGGAGAUCGAUACGAUCACCGAUGCCGCAUGCUGGCAAAACUCGCGCACUGUUGUCGAUUCUGGGUGAAAGUCGCCGCUGCAACACGAAACUCUGUCCUCCAGCUCGAAUGGAGCCGCUCAAUUUGUGUCUCUCGUCGUUCCGUUCCGUUCGUGGAAUUCAUUUUACCGACAGAAUGGAUAGGAUCCGAGUGCCAAGCACCAUGACGAUUGUCGCCGUUACCUUGCUGCUUCUGCAUCCUGCAGCGGCGCAGGGUCGCGUCGAAGAGACGCAGAUGGACACGCACGAGGGGUCGACGGUACAGCUGCAGUGCCGUUUCUCCCCGCCAAGGGAGAACGUAACGUGUUUCUGGUUGACGCACACCAACGACAAUCACGAUAACGCGGCGAUCGACAAUCUCGCGUUAUCACCUCAGUAUAAGGUGUUCAUGAACCUGGAGGAAGGUCGAUACGAUCUUCAGAUAAGAAACGUCUCGUACGAGAGAGACAACGGCAAAUACGAAUGCCGUGUGAAAGCGAGCGGCACGGGGCACGACCUGCAUCGGAAAUUCAUCACUUUGACCGUGCUCAGAGCGCCGGGGCCACCGACCAUCUCGCCGACCUCCGCGUCUGCAACCGAGGGUCAGAAACUCGAAUUACAGUGCAAUACAAACGGUGGCAGCCCCGAGCCAGAAGUCAGAUGGUACCGAGGCAACGAAACGUCUGUUCUUCACUCUGGUAGGACGUUGUCGGUCGAGCCGAAGAAAGAGGACGACAGAGCGACUUUUCGUUGCGUGGUGAGGAAUCGAGCUAUGCGCGACGGUGAAACGUUGAACGCCACGAUAACUCUCGACGUCAACUACUUUCCUCGGGUCACCGUGGGCCCCGAAAACCCUCUGAAGGUCGAGGUAAAUGGAACUGCGAAUCUCGAGUGUCACGUCGACUCCAAACCAGCUGUUGGGAUGGUACGAUGGUGGCGAGACGGAAGUUUCGUGGCCACUAGCUUUCAGCAUACCAUGCGAAGGGUCACCAUUCAAGAUGCCGGCAAAUACACCUGUCAGGCGGACAACGGAUUGGGGAAAAGAGGCGAGAGUUCCCUCCUGCUGGACGUUCUUUAUCCACCGACCGUCUCGAUAGAGGGCGAUUCUCUCAGAAUCGCCGAGGUCGAGGACACGGUAACCGUGCACUGUAACGUGACAGCGAAUCCUCCGCCAACGGUGAUCGAGUGGUUGCGCGACGGUCGACCAGAUUUUCGACAACUUGGCUCGAUCCUUCGACUGAGUCGCGUCACCGCCGAUCACGCCGGAAAUUAUACCUGUCGCGCGGUGAACACCAUCUAUCCUUCUGGCGGCGAUAGGCGAAACUACUCUGCCACCGCUCGGUUGACCGUUCGAGUCAGGCACAAACCGGGACCGGCAAGAGUUACGCCGGACUCUCCAGUCGCCGUCGAAGGAUCGAGAGUUAUUCUUACCUGUAUGGCCAGUCCGGCUGGCUAUCCAGAGCCCAGGUACAAAUGGUGGAAAGAGGGAGAGUCUGGAACAAUAUCGAUAACUUCGGAGAACGCCGGUCCGAGAUAUGAGAUCGACUCGGUUCAUUUGGGCAGCGAGGGAACGUACAAGUGCCAUGCCACCAACGAGAUCGGCAACGGGGAGGCCGCGUCCGUUAAUCUGACUGUGAAUCAACCGCCUAAAAUACUUACCAAGUUGCAGCCACACGUUACCAGGAAGGUCGGCGAGUCAUCGUUUCAAGUGUCUUGCGUGGCGCAGGGCAAACCUCGACCGAGUGUUCGAUGGUUGAAGGACGAUCAAGAGUUAACCGCGGACGAGAGACUCUACAAGGUGACUACAACAGCGUCGGAGGGUCACGGGAACGUAAUCACCGUGAAUUCGACGCUGAGCUUCCUGGGCCAUGCUCGACCACAGACAGACGAGAUCGUGGCCAGCGAUCGGGGCAAAUACACCUGCGUGUUCGUGAAUGAGGUCAAGAAGGUCGAGUCGACGAUGAUGUUGAAGGUGGAGCACGAGCCUAUCGCCCUGCACCAGCACGGGAAAGUCGCGUAUAAUUUAAGAGAGACGGCCGAGGUGGCGUGCAAAGUGCAAGCGUGGCCGAAACCCGAGUUCCAGUGGAGUUUCGGCACCAAUACGGCAAGUUUGCAAGGAUCUUCGAGUGACGGCCACUACGAGAUUUCCACAAGCAGCGACAACUACGACGUAUACACGUCCGUACUCAAGAUAACUAACAUUCGAGAGUUGGAUUACGGGGAUUACAGUUGCAGAGCGGCAAACGCUCAAGGUAGCAUCACUUCGACCAUCAGACUGCAACCGAAAGGCGCGCCAGAAAGGCCCGUCAACAUCACGGCGAUGGACGUUGGUCCGACACACGUAGCCUUGCUCUGGGAGCUCGGUUUUGACGGGGGACUGCCCAUCACCAAGUAUUUCGUCUCCUACCGUAGAGUACCAGGUGGUGACGAAAUUGUAGCACCAGACUGCGCCGUUCCCAGACCACCGGCUGGUCAGUGGCUCGAAUCAGAUUGCCGUCGAUCCAAUCCAUGUAAUGUGACCAACCUGGAACAACAUCAGACGUACACGUUCAAGGUCAAAGUGUAUAACACGAAAAAUCACUCGGACUAUUCGGACGAGGUAACUGCGACGACCGCUGUCGCAAAAAUCCCGUCGCCGUUGAGGAUUAGCUACGAUCCAGAGAGUGGAAUGCUUGCGAUCAGUGUAGGUGCCACUUGCCUCUCGUUGGUCGCGUCGAUCGAGAAGAAUGACGGGCCGUCUUCUUCCACGGAUGAGUCGCAGUGGAGGAUUUUAGACGAGUGGCCUCUCGAGGUACUCGGAAGCGCCUCGACUCAGAGGGAAGGCGUUUUGGAUGACCUGGACGCUCUCGAUACCACCGAACCCAGGCUCAGGGUUAGACUUUGCUUGAAGGCGGAUCGACAAAAAUGUGGCGAAUACGCGGAGGCUGAAAUCGGUCCUUCGUACAUCGCUCAAGCUGGGGCGCUUGCAACGCCAACCUUGAUUGCCCUGGUGGUCAGCGGCGCCGUGUUCUUGCUGUUCGCCGCGCUGUUAUUGCUCUUUUGUCGGUGUCGACGAAAGCACGUUACCAAGGCCAAGGACUACGAAAUGGAUUCGAACGCGGUUCGACCGAGCCUGGUCGCCGGAAACGGACAACAGAGCCAGGCACCACCACCUUACUACGCGGAGAACAAAGCCCUCGAACACAGUUUGGAUCACGCGCUAGCUAUGGAGGAUUCCAAGACCCCGGCGUACUCGCAACCUGGCUACGGAUACCAUCAACCAAACCACAACAUCAAUGGCGUCAACAUGGGCUACAUGGACAACAGUUACUCGAACUCAAAUAACGGUGGCUCGGUAAACUCGCAAGACUCCAUCUGGCAGAUGAAAUCAGCGGCCGCGAACGGUGUUGGCCAGCCUUACGAUCUGGCCGGCUACGCAACCACCGAGUCGGAUUACCCAACCCACCCUCAUUACCUUCCACAGAGGGAGGAUUACCGGGAGAGCCAUAAUCUAAGUCGACAGCAGUUUUGCUCGGAACCAUUCGCCACCGUCGUAAAGUCUCAAAAACACGUCGAUUCACCGUACGACGUGUCCGGUCUACCAUAUCAGGAGAACUACGACGAGGAUGCGAAGCCACCUCAGCAGGUCAGCCUGUCGUACGACGAGAGCCUCGAGUCGGGUUACUCAACCCCGAACAGCCGAGGACGGCGUAUCAUUCGCGAGAUAAUUGUUUGA